UCCGCUCGCGGCUUGCGUAGCGCGCUCCUCGGGUCGCAGCCAGUGGAGCGAUAGCUUCACCCCCGGCACAAGCGCGCUGCUCGCAGCUCCCGAAAGUUAUCGGCGGCGCGAUGCCUUCUCGCUCCCCGGACGACGACGCCGAAGCCGCUGCCUACUGGGCCAGUCACUGUCGUCGGCUCUCCUUCGAAGCCUGAAGUUCGCCGCGGCGGCGUGGUCUCGAGAACUUCUUCCGCGAACACCCGUAGACAGCACACCCAACGCCUGGAAUUGAUCUUUCGUUCACUUCGCGCUCGUCCCGCCAGCAUUUGCCCUCCGCUGCAGUGGGAGUGUAAAAAUAAGUUGGGACAGAUUACUGACAGAAGAUUCUAUUGUUGCCGGCAUUCCUUUCGCGACGUCCGGCCUGCCGCGGUUCGCUACGCUUUGCCGGUUGCAAACUUGCACGGAAGAAUCGCCCAGUGCUGCUUUUAGAGUCAAAGAAAACAACUCAACUCUCAGUGUAGUAUCGUCGUAUUUUGUGGCACCUUCGCGAAGACCUUCCUUGAAGUCCGGACACCAGAGCCGAAGCUUCGCCUAUCGCUGCCGGACAGCUGUGUUAUUGAACUGACCAACGCCCUAUUUCUUCACACUUUUCCUUGUCGUCGGCGGGCGCGUGUGCGCGCGCGUUUUCUUUUCUGGUCAUCGAUACGGGGAAAAAAUACAGACAGUUGAUGUUGGCGUCGUGAAACGCCUGGUCGAUUAGGACGCACGCCUACUUCUCACGGCGUUGUUGUAUUCGCGCCGGCUGGCCGGGCGUGAACUGUCCUCUGAAGUGCGGCCACGCCGCUGUGCGCGGAGUUUCCGAAAGUGUCUGCUGUCACUGCGGGGUGAUUGCACUUGCUGACCAUAGAACAGCCGUGCUCCGUUGUGUGCGUUCGUGAAAGGCCUCUCCUGUGCACAACGGAUUAUGUCCGUCUCAAAAGCAUUCUGGUGGCUACUGUGCUGGACUAUAAGCUGCCUGUCGCUUCAAGGCGUUCGUUGCGUGGCAAUCUGGAAGUUAUCGGUGCCUCGCUGGGUCCAGAACGGCACCGAGGAGCCCGUGUUGCUGGACUGCGAGUACGUGUACAAUGAGCAUGAUGUUCGUCUCGUGGUCAAGUGGUUCUUCAAUGACCUCUUGGAGCCCGUGUACCAAUGGAUACCUGAGCUGAACUCGCGGCAAACAAGCGGGAUUCUCACAGGCCGCCUCGACGACUCGUUCACUGUGGGCGGUCCCCGGGACUCACAGUACCGGGCGCUGCGGAUCAUCAGGCCCACUACCGAGAUGAGUGGUCUGUACACAUGUGUCGUCUCGUCCCUGGCAGGCAUUGACUCGAGGCAGCAGUCUAUGAUGGUCUAUGUACCAGCAAAAAACUUCACUCUGACCUACGUGACCACACCAGCGCCCGCUGCGCCACCCGCUGCCGCCCCAUACCUUGGAACCGCCGCACACGCCCGCGUCGGAGUUCCCGCUGACACCAGUUCUACGGGACCUAGUUCCAGCACGGGCAGCUUCAGUGGCACCGGUACAAUGGUGGAGGUGCACUGCGGCGCCCUGGGGCUGCACCCGCGACCCACGCUGCGGCUGUUCAGCAUCACACCGGACAUGCGCCGCACCGAGGUGCAGCGCGGAAGGCCUCGGACACGGAAGACUAACGGCACUUACGACAUCGAGCUGUCACGCUCGUUCAGCGCCGAGCAGCUGCCGCCCGCGGUGACCUUCGAGUGCGUGCUCGAGAUACCGGGCACCGACUACGAGGUGCGCCGGCGAACUGUCUACAACCCCGGGUACCUUUACUUAACGGGUGCUUCUCCAGAGAUCACCACAAGAAAGAGCUUACUGGUCCUGAUGUUCACCCUCACGCUUUUAAAGGCCAGCUACACUUCUACGAGUUGAAGACUAGUCCCACGUUUGUUGAAGAAGCUGUGCCACAAGCUUGAAGGACGCCUAGUCGGACGUUCAAAGUUUUUGUAAUUAAGAUGUAUAUACGCACAUAUAUUUGUAUUUAUCCGGUAUCCUCUCUUGGAGAACAAUGACAUAAGACAGAAAGGCGGCACAUGGUUACAGCUUUCUUUGUUUCGCCCGCAUUCCUUUAAGAGGAAACCCCCACAAUAAUUGUGGCUUUCCUUCGUUGUUAUCGUCCAUUUACUGUGAUGAACUAUGUUUUUUGUUGAAGCCCACUACAUGUUUACCAGCCCCGCCUUGUGUAGUCGACGUUCGCUUAAAUACCAAAGACAAAAUAACUACUUCCUUUUUAUGGCUGCUUAGCUGUAUGGACUACUCUAUGCUAACCCGAAGCAGAGACCAAGAGCGUAUACCAAAGAAGAAUGCAACGGUUGUUUCUACAUGCACGUAUCUGUUGGAGCACAUCGGUCGACUGUUGUGACGUAUGGACAUGUCAUGGACAAAGCAUGCAGUGCCGAUUUUGAAGGCCGGGGUGGCUUGCGGUACUACCGCAAUCGCGACAAACAAAUAAAGAAUAUUUUUAUGAAACCAA